GGCAAACCUCCACUCCCAGAGAAGCUAACUCCGUAAACUACUUCACAUGCAAAACCUGAAACUCGAAAGUAUACUGCUUACAGCAACGCUCAAGUACAUCUCGUUAUUGGUGCAGUGAUUAAAAUUGUUUGUGACAGGGUUCUCACCACGGCACAGGGGAACAUGUCUUUUGCACCACUGCUGAGAUGUCCUACAGUCCCUCUUUCCAAUGGUCUGCAGAUUCCAAUAUUUGGAUUAGGCACAUCACAUGAUGGCGGAUACUCUCAUGAUGCCAUUGUGUAUGCACUCACUGAAUGUGGCGUACGCCACAUUGACACAGCAAAGCGCUAUGGCUGUGAGGAGAAACUGGGUAAAGCUAUCAGAGAAAGUGGGAUACCACGAAGUGAUCUGUGGCUCACCAAUAAAUUGUGGCCAGGGGACUACGGGUACGAAGCUACAAAGAAGGCCUGCCUUGACUCCUGCUCACAGAUGGGGGUGGAAUAUUUUGAUCUGUACCUGAUGCAUUGGCCAGGGUCAUUACAACCUGGUUGCUCCAACAGGGAGAUGAGAGCUGAGACCUGGAGAGCUUUGGAAGAACUUUAUAAAGAAGGGGUGUGCCAUGCUAUUGGAGUGAGCAACUUUCUGGUCCACCACCUGGAACAGUUAAAGGAGGACUGUAGUGUCGCGCCACAUGUUAACCAGGUGGAGUACCAUCCUUUCCAGCAGCCCAAUCAACUGAUAGAGUACUGUCGUCAGGAGGGAAUUGUGUUUGAAGGGUACAGUCCUCUGGCCAAGGGUCAAGUCCUCAGUGACCCAACUGUUCUCCAAAUAGCAGAAAAGUACAGCCUCACACCUGCUCAGAUCUGCAUCCGCUGGAGUAUUCAGAAUGAAGUUGUCACAAUACCAAAAUCCAUCAAAAAGAAGAGGAUACAAGAAAACUGUCAAGUCUUUGGGUUCCAGCUGGAGGAGUCGGACAUGGCCGCUUUGGGCAGAUUACAUGAUGAAAGACAUGUGACUUGGGAUCCAACAAACGUGGAGUAACGUUACGUGAGAAAACUCAAGAGUGUGUUUGCCCUAGAACUGGUUUUGUCGGUAACAGUUGGCAGUAGAACUAACCUUGAGAUUGUAAUAUGAUUUGAAUUAGAUUGUUGAUCAUUAGCUUUGUGUGUCACAUGUGAAGCUCAUUCAACUCAGCUCUGUGAAGACAAACAAAAGGACCAAAAGGUCUUUAAGUGCCUUACUUUAUAGAAAUACUGUAACUACUAAUAUAAAAAUGAUGAUGUAAGAACGACUAGAUGUUACAAUCAUAGGCAACAUAGAAAAGGUGAUUUUAGCAAAAACAAAAAUGCCUUUGUUAAAAUAAAGCUGUCACAGAGGAUGCAGGUUUGUGUUGCAAAAUUUGCAGGUUUUCCUUACUCCAAGAUUUACAGGCUUUACCAGAGGACUUGCAGUUCAUGGUCAGGUUACUUUAUUUGUACUAGUAGGUAGAUUUGUUUUGCAGUAUUGUUUAUUUACUGUACCUAUUUUUUACCCCUGAAAUGACCAGGAUGCAUUUCCUAUGAAAAUGUAUAAAACCCUUUCACCCUGAUCAUUUAUUUCUCUCAGGUAAACAGUGUACAGUACUGUGAACCACACCUCAUCUGUCCUUGUAGUAUUUAUAUUUCAGGAAAUAAAUGCAAUGUUUUACGUACUGAC